CAAUGUUUCGAUAAACACACAACAAGUCUUUACCUCGACAAAGAAGGUCCUCAGCAUAACAAGCAAAAUGUUUUCUUUCAAAUCUAUCGUACUGAUUGCUGCGGCUUUCGCCAUGGGUGCUGAAUCCAGCGCUGUCCCAGCAGUAGCUGCCCCUCUUGUGGCGCCAGCAGCUGUUGGCUACGCGCACUCCAUACCACCGAACGUUCCUCCAUUCGCGUCUCAAGUCAGCGUGGUCAACAGAGCUAUCUACCCUUACGCUUCUGCCCCGUACAUCGCAGGGCCAGUGCCAGCGCCUUUAGCCGUCCCAGCUGCAUACGCCGCCCCUGCUGCAUACGCCGCCCCUGCUGCAUACGCCGCCCCUGCUCCAUACGCUGCCCCUGCUGCAUUAGCCGCUCCUGCUGCAUACGCCGCCCCUGCUGCCUUCGCCGGCCCUGCGCCCUACGCCGCACCUUUCCCUUACUCUGCUCCUCUCCUCCGCUCGCCUUACUUGGGCGCCCCAGCGUUCGUACGAUAGAUUAAAGAAAACAGACUGACCUUUCUUUAGAAAAAUUCUAGUUUUAUAAUAUGACUGUUGUUUUGUUAUGAUUUUUAUAUGAUAAAUAAAUAAUUGCAAUUAAA